UGUGCGCAAAGCGAUCUGGUUCUUUUCUUGCGGAGUUUGUUUGAAUAUUGAAGAUUUUACCAUAAAACUUACCAUAUACACUCAUCCAACAUGAACAUGUUAACGCACUUUGGCCCCGACUCGGGAGGACGCGUUAAGGGAUUAACCAUAGUUAAACCAGUCGUUUACGGGAAUGUGGCUCGUUCCUUUGGUAAGAAGCGGGAGGAAGAUGGCCACACUCAUCAGUGGACGGUGUACGUAAAGCCGUACAAAAACGAAGACAUGCAAUCGUACGUGAAAAAGAUACAUUUUAAGCUGCACGAAAGUUAUGCGAACCCGAAUCGAAUCAUCACGAAACCACCGUACGAAGUGACCGAAACGGGCUGGGGUGAAUUUGAAAUAGUGAUCAAAAUUCAUUUCCACGAUCCCACGGAGCGGCCGGUUACGAUGUACCACAUACUGAAGCUCUUCCAGUCACCCAUCCUAGAUGGGGAAGUAUCUUCGCAGAUCGAAGGUAAGAAGGGUUUGGUGUCGGAGCAGUACGAAGAGCUGGUCUUUCAAGAACCAACACAACUGAUGCAGCAACAGUUGACGAACGUAAAACCGGUAACGGCUGGCAUCUGGAAACAUGAUACAGAUUUUGAGGAAAAAAAGGUUCAAGCACUGGAAAAUAUAAUCGAAACCAAGGCGAAAGUAAUAUCAGAAAUCGCGCUACUGAAGGAGAAGCUAAAGCUUGCAAGGGAAACGAUAGCCAAGUUUAAAACCGAAAUGACCAAGGUGCAAGGACAGCAACCUGCCGCGUAAAUCACAUCCGAUCGUUAGAUCAAUUAAUUGGAAGAUGAUAUCUGAAGACUCAAUGUAAGUGCAUGAAUCGUGUAAGAAUUUAAGGAAUAUACUAUUGUAAGAAAUAUUUGUAGUAAUAAUAAUUGAUUAACACGUUCAGCGCCGUGUCAAAAUCGCGCAAGGCGAUUUCCAUAGAGCAUCACCCAAAUUGGGUGAUGCGGCGCUGAACGUAUUAAGUACAAUAAACAACGAAUUCCGAAUAUGGUGU